AUGGCGAUGCCUCGCAGACCCAUAAACUACGUUCCGGCACAGUCAGGAGAGAUAUUGAAGCUUGGACACAUUACCUGUCGCGUGAUGGAGGAUGGGUCGAGGACAGGUAAGACGAUUCCUGUACUUUCCUUGCGUUAUAAUAGAAUCGGCAGCGCCGAAUUUACCGUCCCAGCCGGCACAGUCGGGCCUCCAGCUCACUGGCACGAAAUGCACGACGAAACAUUUCUCGUAACGCAAGGCACGAUCCGGUUCCACGCGCCCGAUGGCCAAAUCGUCGACGCCAAAGUCGGAGACUAUGUGACUGUCCCAAUCCGAGCCCCUCACACGUUUUCGAAUCCUUUCGAUGUCGAAGCUAAGUUCUUCAAUACAUAUACCCCUGCUUUCUACAUUGAUUACUUUAGGAUUCUGGCCGAGGUGAGCAAGAACGAUGAGCAGAUGAGCAAGGAGAAGAAUUUGGAGGUCAUGGCAAGGUUUGCGACGAUGCCAGCGAAGCCAAUGUUGGAGGAGAUGGCCAAGGGGCGGAAAUAG